AUAAAACCUCACCGCCUCAGAGCUCCGUAAUACUCUCACGCUCACUAGCUUUAACUUGGAUUUUCUUCCAGAGAAAAAGAGGAAGAACCUGAAAAAAAUAAAAAAAUAAAAAAGAAAAAAAGAAAUAAAGCUCUGCAACCAUGUUAGUCUAUCAGGAUUUGCUUACAGGCGAUGAGCUCCUUUCUGACUCCUUUCCCUACAAGGAAAUUGAGAAUGGGAUGCUGUGGGAGGUGGAAGGAAAAUGGGUUGUUCAAGGAGCAGUGAAUGUAGACAUUGGGGCCAAUCCAUCAGCGGAAGGUGGAGAUGAAGAUGAAGGAGUUGAUGAUCAGGCCGUCAAGGUUGUUGAUAUCGUCGACACUUUUAGGCUUCAGGAGCAACCUGCUUUUGACAAGAAGCAGUUUGUUACAUACAUGAAGAGGUACAUCAAGUUGCUGACACCGAAACUUGAACCAGAGAAGCAAGACUUGUUCAAGAAGCACAUUGAAGGAGCUACCAAGUUCCUGCUUUCAAAGCUGAGCGACCUCCAAUUUUUUGUUGGGGAGAGCAUGCAUGAUGAUGGGAGUGUAGUGUUUGCAUACUACAAGGAAGGUGCUACUGAUCCCACUUUCAUUUACUUGGCGUACGGCUUGAAGGAAGUUAAAUGUUAAAAAUGGAAGUUACUCUCAGUUUCUGGAUGCUAUAACUUCAUGUAGAUUUGACUACUAUAAUGUAUAUUUCUUUUUAUUCCUUUUGUUAAUUUUGAAGGGAAGCAAUGGGUAUGGUUGCUUAAAUAAUAUUUAGUUACUAUCAAAUGUUUGACUGGUGAUAAUAUUUAGUUACUAUCAUGUGUUUGAUUGGUGAUAAUUAACAAGAGUAUUUUAUAUGCAUAUGGCGGUAGAGGAAUAAUACUGUGUUUUUGCCAAA